AUGGACUUACACCUCGACGAGAGCGGCCUGAUCCUCUGCGCCAGGCUUCUCAACUAUGACAAGGAAUGGGUGGAUGCGACCUUCGAUCUGUCCACCAUAUACGCAGGCAAGAAGGGCGAGCUCAAAUAUGAGACCCCAUACGAUCCCGGUCCGGAAGACUUCGAAGACGAAGACGCUCGAUCCCAUGAUGGACAUCUUCUGGCCGCCAUUGUCAAAGAAAACCCACAAGUGACGCCCAAAGCCGAACAUUCAUCUUCGGUAUGGGACUUCGACUCGUCUCCAUUCCAUUGCCAGACUGUCGCCGUGGCUGCGGCCUUGGUCCCUGCUGUCUUCGCAGAACCAGAGAUUUUCUACUCGCUUUCGAAUCCUUCAACGGUCACGACCGAUACCUUUCGCUCGUCCAAACACGCAUGGACUGCUACGACCCAGACCAGCACUCAUGAUACCCGUUCAUCCCAGGCACCCACCAAGACUGGCAGCCGCUCCCGGACUCCCGGCUGGCCUCCUUCAAGCAAACACAAUAGUCCUGGGCGCCCAAUCGCCGGCAGCAGCACCAGGGGCUCCAUCAGCGCUACCUCUAGCACUAUUACGUCUUGCCCUUCUAAUGCUACAAACUGCGACUCUGGAACUGUGACCGCGGACGACGUUGCCAAAGCUACUGCAAAGGUUCUCGACGUCGGCACGUCGAUCAAUGUGGAGAUUAGGUGCUAUGGUAACUUCUGCGCCCCCGUCCUCCCCUGUGACAAUUGCGGCUACUUCCGUGUUUUCUGUAAGAACAAGGACUGCUACGUUGAGCGCUGCUCAAUCGAGGAGCGCAACACCCUCAUCCUAUGGUCACACGCCGAGGGCAAGUUCUGCUACGCUCCCGACACGCAGGCCGAGAGCAACGAGUGGAUCAGCUGCGUGGAGGGCAAGUGCACUUUCAGACUGUGCGGCGGUGACGAGUGCAACAAGAACCUGCUCUAUCACGGCGAGACGUGUAUUUGGCAAGAAUCCCGUGACGAGAGUUACAAUCAGAAGAUGCACAAUGGCAAGCUUUGCAAACCCCGGCCUGAUCGCAAGGAGCUUCCUCCGCAACCACACUGGGGUGGCCAUUACAAGAACGACAGCAUCGUUGAUCCCCAGCCGCUUUUGCAACACUGGCUCUACAGCAGUGACGUUGACGACGCUGCCCUCGCAAUCCUGGACCGACCAGACCUCGAGGGCGUUCAAGCGCUCUACAGGUGGAGGGAUCUCGAGUCUGAGAAGGCAAAGUAUGACUUUUCCAAAAUCAUUGAAGACUUGAAACGUGUUCAGGCCAAAGGCAAGAAGCUUUGGGUCCAGCUGCAAGACAGGACCUUCUUUAUCAAGAACAUCCCAACGCCAAAGUACAUGCAGACACCACUCUACAGCAACGGCAGUGUGCCGACUUGCGACGGCGAGAAUUGCGAAAGGAACUUUGAGCAUGGUGGUUGGAUGGCGGCGCAAUGGAAUCCUCACGUGCGCGAGCGCUUCCAAGCACUAAUGAAGGCCAUGGCAGACGAACUGGACGGCCAGAUCUACGGUCUCAAUCUUCCAGAAACUUCAAUCGAGGUGGAGCAGGGCAAGAACAACUACACCAGUGAGGGCUACUUUCAAGGCGAGUUGGAAAAUGCCGCGUAUGCCGCAAGUGUGUUCGAAAAAUCCUACGUGGUUCAGUACGUUAACUUCUGGCCCGACGGAUGGGAGAAUAACAACAACUACUUCACAAAGUCCUUCAGCUUUUACGCCAAGCAUGGCGUCGGGGUGGGCGGGCCGGAUCUGAUUCCAUACGACAAAGGACAAGAGAAGAACUCAUACCCAUUCCUGAGAGAGUAUCGCGACAAGGUUCCCAUCAGCGUUGUGGCUGUCCAAGAGCCUGAUUUGAAAAAGAUAUACAACGAAACUGGCAAGCCCUUUACAAAGGAGGAGUUUGUAGACUAUGCUACAAAACGGCUUGGCGUCAGGAUUAUCUUCUGGGCAACAGCCUCUCCGUGGCUCAACGGGACAAGAAAGGCAUGA